UUACUCCCGGAAGAGAUGUUUGGGACGUGUGUGUGUAAAUCCGUGAUUUAGUCCAGUGAAGUGGCAGAAAAUGUAAAACGGGGAGUUGGUCGUGGCAGUUCAAUCAUGCGGUGAAGAAGUGGACCAAAAAAGAGAGAAUUCCCAACUAUAGGCGUCAGUGUUGUUGCUUAUAUUAAGGGCUCGUUUCUAAGCUGAAACAGUGUGCUGCCAUCUGAGAUCACACCGGGAUCUGUAUUACGCAGCAGGAUUUCGUCUUAUCCAGGUAAAUAAUCAUGGCCUCCGGUGGUACUCUUUUAUUCAUUUUCACUGCCCUCUGUGUCACUGCAGUCAAGAGUCUUUUUUUGAAAGUGGAAUGCAAAGCUGAAAAUGUGGGACACUUUGGCCAACAGUCACUGCUGGAGUGUGUUGUCAAAACAUCAACAGAUAUAACUGAUCCAACUAUUCAUGCGGUUGCUUGGAAAAAACUGACCUCUACAGAAGACGAAGGUGAUCUCGUGUUGGGUUUUAAUAGAGGGAAAUGGGGCCGGCCAAAGCGAGGUUACAGGUUUGCUGAACCAUCAUGGGACGAGAAGAACAUGAAUGUUUCUCUGCUCAUCACCAACACUGCGGUGGCAGACGAUGGAUAUUACAAGUGCAUGGUGAUUACAGACAGUGGGGAUGACAGGAUGGUCACCACCCUUAAAGUCCAAGCCAGAUACAGUGUCCUGACUGUACACUCCAUCCCUGAGAAAAUUGUCCCAAAUUCAGACAGUACCCUGAUCUGUGAGUCUCAUGGAGGCUACCCAAAGGGAACACUUCGCUGGUUUGAUGAAGAGAAGCAUGAGUGGACAAAAAGCUCUGAAAUGGAGGCGACACAGUCAGACGAUGGUUUAUUUCAACUCACAAGCAGACUGUCUUUGUUGCGAGGAUCCACUUUCCCAAAGUAUACCUGCGCUGUGUUCAAUGCCAGUGGAGGCAAAGAGGAUGAGUUCACAUUUGAAACCAACAUACCACCACCAUCACUGCACGGAUCUGAAGAAGGACAAGGCUCAAAUACGGUAGGGAUCUCCAAAAUAGUUGUCCCUCUGGUGGUCAUUGGUUCACUGAUGGUAGGAUUGCUGUGUGUGCUGUUGAUCUACAGAUGGCGAUCUCAGUUACGUCUUAUUGAUUUCCAUCUCUCACCCCAACCGGUCAAAGCAGAUGGCCACACCUCCCCUAGUCUGGUUCUGCUGGAGGUUUCUUGCUGUUUAAAGGGAGUUUUUCCUUCCCACUGUCGCCAAAGUGCUUACUCAUAGGGGGUCAUAUGAUUGUUGGGUUUUUCCUCUGUAUCUAUUAUUGUACGAUCUACUAUACAAUAUAAAGCGCCUUGAGGCGACUGUUGUUGUGAUUUGGCGCUAUAUAAAUAAAAUUUUUAAAAUUUAUAUAUACAUAAAGUUUAACAGCAUGUAUUUUCACUUUAGCUUCUCAUGUUUAUAAUAUAUCUUGGGGAUAGCACCACGUUGUUAUGUGUUUAUGUAUGUGUGUCAAUCUGUGUGUGUUGUUCUCAAAUGUUACCAGUGGAGCUUAAUGAUCUGUUUAUGGCUUUAUAAUCCUUUACAAAAUAUAAUACGUUCACUUAGACAAUGAUAUGUAGAACUGUCUGAGACUGUAUGUUUGAUCUGUGGUUUGACAGAGCAGUGAGGAAAUGUUGGCCUUACUGUUAUUGUACUUUCUGUUUAAAUCAACAUUUAAUUGUUAUUUUGGAUUUUUAUUGCAAUGCAUUUGUUAUUUUUUAAGCCUUAAGUGUCUUUGUUUUUUGUUUAUUUUCGUUUUGUUUUUUGUAUAUAAAAUUAAAAUUGCGUAAAAUGUCAUGUUUCAAAACAGUUUAUAAGAAAACAAUUCAGAACAUUAAAAAAUGCAAUGUAAUGACUAUAAAGUUGUACAAUAAAACAAGAAUGUGUUGCCAAUAUUUGUUGAACCCGA